GACUGCUAGCAGUAGCUGCGUUAGCUUCACUUGUAUAAAUUUCGACGGGCAGGAGUUUAUAUUUGGUUGUUUAUUUUGAGUUUAUUGAGUACAUUAAACUAAUGGAUAGCAACAAACCAAAGGUUCACACUAGCACCGCCAUUGGACACGUGUAUUGGCAGCUACCCCCUUUCUCUUUAAAAACUUGCAAGAAUGCUCCUCUUCCUCCAGUCCUCCAGCAUCAGAACAGAGUCCCAGCCUCUGCUCACUUCUCUCUCACCUCGCACACAGAGCAUGACAGAAAGCCACUAAAUGGACUUCUGUACAAUGAAAUCCACUCUAAAGCCCCGGCACACUGGACCACACACUUCCUCAAUGAACUGACCCAGACGCUUAGAGACCGUCCAACAGUGCGAGUGGUCUCAAACCACAUCAGUGAAAUGCAGGACAGAUAUAGAGGUCAAACUGCAGCAUAUGAACCUCAGGCUGAACAUUAUAGCAAGAUGCAGGCAUUGUACAGACAGCUGGAAAGAGCUCAGGCGCUGAGACAGGAACCAGUCCAGAGCACAGCCAGGACGGACUUCAAGCACUUUCACAGGUCAGAUUUGUCUCCUCACCCUGUCCUGGAUGCAGCUACCAUUAAUGGGACCCUUACCAAGAGUGGAGCUCAUAGCCGCCUUCCUGCGCACAAAGCUCCAUCCACUUUAUCAUGUCAACCCCGGCUGCCACGCCUACCUCUGCCUUUGCCCCACAGGGGUAAAACUAGUCUCUAUAUGGACAGUUUUGCUGUACCUGUGCCUCCGCCAGCAUCUCAAACCGCUAUUGUUGCACAAAAUGGGGGGAAUCUGCAAGAUGGUGGCAGAGGUCUGUUACAGGACAUUUUAAGUGUUCCUAAAAUGUACUGUACUGAGAAUCAAACAUAUGGAAACAAUAAGAUGUCAGUGGUAUAAGAACAUAGACAAACUAGUGUUGGUGCUUUUAUUUUCAGUUCUGCUAUAAUUGAUCUGAACUUCAAAAAAUGGUUUCAUCAA